CUGGGGCAGGGCAAUGUGGCGGUACGAACCUUUAAAAGUACACGACCCAUUUAGACUGUUGAAUGAAAGGCUUGCUUGUCGUUUGAGAAGAGUCGUCCGGGACUGUUGCAGGGGUUCGGUCACAGCAAUGAAGUCGCAAGUACUAGUAGUUCCGGCAACACGGCACAUGGGUGGGGCGCAGUUUAAACUCCGCGUGAAAUUCAUCUCCCCCUGACCGCGUCAGUGACUCGGUGGAUAUAUUGGAUUAUUAGACUUGGCUUGGCCGCGGAUGCUUCUGCGCUGCUCGUCGUUGCUGAAAAGGUCUCGCAGCUGUCAAGUCAGUACUGUUCAUUCCGGGUGGAGCGUUCUCAAACCUGAGCUUGAAUCGCAUGGCACCCCAAAUACGAGAACAAAUUGACUUGACUGAUGCCGAAGACCGACUAUGUGCCCUACUGGAUGAAUUCACGGGCCACCUUGAGAAGGAAAAAGGCGUCAGGACAACAUGCCGGAUCAGCGGAGGUUGGGUCAGGGACAAGUUAUUAGGUCAAGAUAGCAAUGAUGUAGACAUCUGUCUAUCCGACAUGAUGGGCAUGCCCUUCGUCGAGCAGUUCGUGGCCUACCUGUCCGAGAAGAAGCACAUCCCCGUGCACAAGAUUGCUAAGAUCGAAAGUAACCCCGGUCAAUCAAAACACCUAGAAACUGCACGGACGACCUUAUUCGAUAUCGACUUGGAUUUUGUCAAUCUUAGGAGUGAAGAAUAUACUGAAAAUAGUCGCAUACCGACGGAGGUCAAAUUCGGUACUCCCUUGGAAGAUGCUUUGCGAAGGGACAUCACGAUCAACUCACUGUUUUACAACGUCCACACACGAGCCGUCGAAGACCUUACCGAGAAGGGAUUAGAUGAUCUCCGGAGCGGGGUGGUCAGGACCCCUCUACCUCCCCUGCAGACGUUCCGUGAUGAUCCGCUACGAGUUAUACGCUGUGUCAGAUUCGCUAGCCGAUUCGGGUUUGAGAUGACUCCUGAAUUACGGGACGCUGCACGAGAUGGUUCUAUACAAGAAGCACUGAUAUCUAAAAUCAGCCGUGAACGAAUAGGAGAGGAGCUCGACAAGAUGAUGAAGGGUGUCCAACCGCUUCGCGCGGUACAGCUUAUAAACGAGCUGUCUCUCUACCACUGCAUUUUUAAUGUCCCUGAUAAUAUUCUUGCUGCGGCAUCUUGUCCUUCGACUUCUCCAGAGACCUCCGUUACUGCGUGCACAAUUCUCGAGAACAUUUUGUCCCCGGGAUCCUCUUCUACCAAUCAGCCAUUGGUGCCAGUGCACCCUACGCUUCUGUCCCACAUAUCGCGUGACCCAGGAACGAAAGCACGUCUCUUCUUGGCUGCUAGUCUCUUUCCUCUUUAUGGGAUCACGUACAAGGAUCAGAAACAAAAGGACCAUCAUCUUGUCGAAGCUGUCAUCCGCGAGGGCUUAAAGCUGGGAAACAAGAAUUACUACCUCGACGCAAUACCAGCACUCUAUAGCGCUGCAUCCGAGCUUGUCAACGGGCUUUCCCUGGGUCAGGAUAGAUUCAAAAAUCCUUCGGAACGCGUUUCCUUAGGACUGCUUUUGAGAAAUCCGAAAUUACACAAGUCGCACUCGGGCACUCACUGGACUUCUUCUCUUUUAUUCUCACUUGUCUGCGAGUUGGUUCGCUUAGGCUAUCUACCCAAUGAUGGUGCGGCCAAAGAAUGUAUCGAGCGAUACAACACGUUCGCGAAGCGGAUCGAUGAGCUAGGGCUAGGUAACAUCGCAGACGCCAAACCUCUACUUGAUGGCAACGAAGUCACCAACCUGGUUGAAAGCAAACCGGGUCCCUGGACCAAAAAUGUACUUGACAAAGUUUUCGAGUGGCAACUUGAGCACCCCGAAGGUGACAAGGCUGCAUGCGCGAGUUGGCUUAAGGAGGAGUGUAACUCGAGACGAAUAAACGUACAAGCACUGAUAGAGUCGACAUCAGGUAGUAAACGUACUCAGGCUGGUGAAGGUGGAACGUCAAAGAGAGCAAAGCGACAAACUCAAUGUCGGGGAGGGGUUUAACAACUUCAUGCCUGUCCGUUCUUCUGUUGCUUCAACAUUGUCAUAUUAUCAUACAAGCGGUUUAUCUACACGAGUAUCCACGAGACACGUCUGUCUACCUUUACGAAAAGUUCACAGUACCAGGUAAUAGAUACAAAAGCCAUGGGGUUGGGAAUGUGGAGAUAUGUGCAGCGGGAAAAGGGGUAUUGGGGAUCAGUUGCG